CUGAUAUUACUACCCACUUAAAUGCAGUUCUCCUAUUUUCUCUCUCUCAGUUUGGAUCCUAUCUGCAUUUGACACUAUGAAACUGGUGUAUGUGUGCUGUUUCCUGCUGACAGCAGCCAGACAAGCUGUAGAGGCUGUUGGCAGUGGCCCAUCUGGUGUUCUGGAGAAGGUGGCUGGAGUUUCCAGCUGUUCCCAGGUGAGACUGAAGCCAGCAGGGCAAUGUGAAGAUGAGGAGGAAUGCCCGUACCAGAUCACUCUGCCACCGCUCACCAUCCAGCUUCCCAAACAAUUCCGACUACUGGAGAAGACCAUGAAGGAGCUGCAGAGCUUGAAGGAGACUGUAAACAGAUUGAAGAGCUCAUGUUUGGAGUGCAGCUCACAAAAAAUGGACCUCAACUUGCAGAAGGACAGUGGAGAUCCCCCGGCUGGGAGUGCAGAGCAGGGUAGAGGGGACACAAGCACAAGAGUCUACUGGAACGGAAAUGACAGCAAUAACAACAUUGUACAGGACAUGAAGCUGAAGAUGAACCGCAUGUCUAACAGCCUGAAGAACGCACGGGUGCAGAUUAACUCCCUUCAGGGUCGUCUGGAGGAGCUUAACCUCCUCAAUUUGGAAAAUGUGGAGGCUAUAGUAGACCGAAAAGUUGAGAACAUCACUGGGAUUGUCAAUAAAAUCGGCAGCACCUGCACUUCGCAAUGCACGGAUGAACUUCAACACAUCAAAAACUUCACUCCCAGAGACUGCUCUGACAUCAGUGUGCUGAAGCAGAGGACAAACGGAGUGCACCGGGUGACCCCCGACCCCAAGAACAGCAGCUUUCUAGUGUACUGUGACAUGGAGUCAUUUGGUGGUGGGUGGACGGUUGUGCAGCGGCGAAUCAACGGUAGUGUGAGCUUCAACCGCACCUGGGCUGAAUACAAGAAGGGAUUUGGUGACCCACAUGGGGAAUUCUGGCUGGGCAAUGACAAAAUCCACCUGCUCACCAAGACCAAGGACAUGGUGCUGCGCAUUGAGCUUGAAGACUUUGAGGGCACACGUGGGUAUGCCAAGUACGAACAGUUCUAUGUUUCAAAUGAAUUUCUCCGUUAUCGACUGUCGGUGAGCGGGUACACUGGGACUGCUGGGAAUGCUCUGCAGUUUAGCAAACACUUCAACCAUGAUCAGAAGUUCUUCACCACACCGGACAAAGACAACGACAUGUACCCCUCAGGGAAUUGUGGGGUGUACUACGGAUCGGGCUGGUGGUUUGAUGCCUGCAUGUCAGCAAAUCUCAAUGGCAAAUACUACAAAACAAAGUACAAGGGGAAGAGGGAUGGGAUCUAUUGGGGCACAUGGCACAACCUGACUAAUGAGUACUAUCCCACGAACUACAGACAAGCAUUUAAACAUGUCAAAAUGAUGAUAAGGCCAAAGAAUUAUGCCCCCUAAGCCAACUGAUGUAUAAAUGGAAAUAACAAUUAUUUUUGGUGCCGUUACACACCUUCCGUCAAGGAAAAUGUCUAACAGUAUAGCUUGUUACAGAUAUGACAAAUCCUCAGAAAUUAAAGGAAUAUUCCAGGUUCAAUACAGGUUAAACUCAAUCGACAGCAUUUGUGGCAUAAUGUUGAUUACCACAAAAAAUAAUUUUGACUCAUCUCUCCUUUUCUUUAAAAAAAAAAAAAAAGCAAAAAUCUGGGUUCCUGUGAGGCCAAUCUGUAAACGUUAAAAUACUCACCGUUUCAAAAGUAUAGCCACAAGACAUAAACAAUAUGCAUGUUAACAUGAUUUUAGUGUGAUAAAAUUGCUUACUAACCUUUUGUGUACAGUUAGAGCCAAUUUUACAACUUUGUUGCUAUGACAACAUAAUGCCAUAAACACUUAAACAAUCGUAAAAAUGACAAUUUAAACAACAGCUCAAAUAAUACACAAGUUUUAACAGAAGAAUUAAUUGAAGUGCUUUUAUCAAUUUAGAAACUUCACAUUUCUGCCUUCAAACUCUCCAAAAAUUGGCUCCAUUCACUUCCAUUGUAAGUGCCUCACUGUAACCUCCAUUUUUGCUAUAUAUGUGAAAUAAAAUGAAACUCUACAAAACUCUUUAUUACAACCAUAUUUGGUCUGUUUAACAAACAAAGUGGAAAAAUAUACAAUCCAGCCUCUACUCUGAAUAUAUGAGGACAUUGUUUAAUGGUUUCACUUCUUUCUUAGUGUGUGCUACUGUCAUCUUGUGUUCAAUUGUAUACUACAAAAUAAAACUACAAAGAUGGAAGGUUGAACUAGGAAAUGUACAGUAUUUAUUUUCGAAAGAAUUGGACGAAUUUUGAAAGACCUUUUUUUUAAGUAUUGUUGUGUGACUAUAGGCUGGGACCUUACUGGACGUUAGUUUAAAUGUAGCAGAAACAGCGCUGCCAUUCUUCCUUUUCUGAAAUGUAUUAAAUUAGAGAACACAAAAGCUGUUUGUAUAUUGAAGCAUUUCUAUAAAGUUACAUUCAUUUUUUUUUUUUUUUAAAGUUGCAAUAAUCUUUUCUAUGAAUCUAAUAAAAAAAUGUGUCAAAGCUUUUAGAGUUCAUGCACACUGUGUUUACUGCACAUUUUUGAGCCGACUAUUAAACUGAAGAUGUCUGAA